AUGGACCACGACGACCUUGAUGCAUUUCUCGAUGACCCCACACAGCAGCUUCCACUAUCCUCUCCAUUGGAACCGGCUGCUGCCUUACCGAUUCAAGAAGAUGCCGACCUGGGUCCUGUCAGCAAUGACAUUACCUCGGCAACACCUUCACCCCGUGUCUCACCUUCUCCAGGUCUCAACGACAAUGACUCGGUGCUCCCGCCGGAGAACCCAAGCACGACACCGCUGCAAUCUGCAACGUUGCGACGGGAUGCUGAACUUCAAUAUCUCGAUGCUCAGGCUGCCGCCAAACGGCUCACGCCAGAGGCCAAAGGGGAGCUGAAACGGUUCAUAUUGGCUGGAGAUUCGGAACGCCAAGUCAUGGCAUAUGCGACCGCACUUGCUAUUGCGCAGUCGCUCGGAGCUCUCACCGCUCCUGAGGGGCCUUGGAAGAUUCCAGACGAAUUAAAGACCAAUAUCAACAAGUAUGCCAUUCGGCUUCUGUUGUGUUCGGAGAUUGGGAUAUAUGAUGGUGACGUACCUGUCAACAAAGUCAUGGCCCUCGUCGAAACCAAGCUUCUUUCAGGCACUCACUUGGCCAAUGCACGACACACCGACGACGGGAAGUGGGCGAUUCUCGAGGAUUGUGCACGUCACUGUCUCACACAGCGUAAAGGUGAUAUCAAGAAGCGAAUUGAAAAGUCCUUUAAUCGUUCCGAAUUCAGUCAGCUGGAGGCACCGUAUAAAAAAGGCACACAUCUUGUCAAGCUCACGCAGUCCAUCGUGCAGAUUGGUACAAAGUCGGUGAAACAUACGGGUGUCGUAGCCACCGCAGCAUUGUGCGCACGCAUUGCGAUCUUGCGCGACGUACUCAAAAGCAACCCCGACAACGAGAAUUAUUGGGCAGUUGUUGAUGAAACCCUGCGCAAGAUUCGUACCAAAGGCAAAGACGCCGCCGGAAUUUCGAAGGUUGUUCAGAAAUACGUGGACAAGGAUUGCAAGUAUUGGCCUGGUGGUGACAUGUCGACAUUGAGCAAGGACCCCGCGUUGACGCGCGAUCACGUUCAACUGAACAAUUUCGCAAAGUCUCUCGCCACGACUCUUCCACCGAGUACAGGCUCAGGCUGA